CGCCCUCCGCGCUGCACCUUGGCCCCUGCCUUGCUUGCGCGCGCCCCGCCCAGCCCGGCGCGCGGCGCCCUGGUCCGCCGAGCCGCUCUGCGCCGCGCGCAGGGGCUGUUUGCUGUGGCGGCUGGAGGGCGACGUCAGCGGUAGCCUCGCUCUGGGCCCCUCCGUGCUGCAUUAUCCCCGCCCCCUUCCCCGCCCCGGGACCCUGUGAGGGGAGCGUGUGCGAGCCCGGAGCCUCCUCGCCGCGCAGCCGCCGCCUGACGCCCCCACCCCGUCUAGAGGCGCCGUUGCCGCUCCCCUCCCGCCCGCCGGUUGUUACCCGCGGCUCAGGGGUUAUUAAACCUGCCGGGCGCGUCCCCGCUGGCCCCACCCCCCUUCCGGUGCCGCCGCCGCCGAGGAACAUGGCGAAAGUGGAGCAGGUCCUGAGCCUCGAACCGCAGCACGAGCUGAAAUUCAAAGGUCCUUUCACAGAUGUUGUCACCACAAACCUGAAACUUGGUAAUCCUACAGACAGAAAUGUGUGCUUCAAAGUGAAAACUACAGCACCACGCAGAUACUGUGUAAGGCCUAACAGUGGAAUUAUUGAUGCAGGAACAUCAAUUAACGUUUCUGUGAUGCUACAACCUUUCGAUUACGACCCUAAUGAGAAAAGUAAACACAAGUUUAUGGUACAGUCUAUGUUUGCUCCAGCUGAUACUUCAGAUAUGGAAGCAGUAUGGAAAGAAGCAAAACCAGAAGAACUCAUGGAUUCUAAACUUAGAUGUGUGUUUGAGCUACCAGCAGAAAAUGAUAAACCUCAUGAUGUAGAAAUAAAUAAAAUUAUAUCCACAACUGCAAAGACAGAAUCCUCUGUAAUGUCUAAAUCAAUAAGUUCUUCCUUGGAUGACACUGAAGUUAAGAAAGUAAUGGAAGAAUAUAAGAGGCUUCAAGUAGAAGUUCAGAGGUUACGGGAGGAGAAUAAACAGUUUAAGGAAGAAGAUGGUCUGCGGAUGAGAAAGGCUCCCCAGACGAAUAACCCAAUAUCUGCAUCUGUAACUGCUGUCAAGGAAGAAGGGCUCAGCACUAGACUACUUGCUCUGGUGGUUUUGUUCUUUAUUGUUGGUGUAAUUAUAGGGAAAGUAGCCUUGUAGAGGCAGUAUGCUGAGGAUUGUAAAUUGGCUUGAUGGUUCUGCCAUAUCAUUGGAUUAAAUUUAUUCAUAACAAUGUUUUAAAAAAAUUUAAUGUAUGACAUCUCACAGGUCUUGCCUUUAAAUUACCCCUGCACAAAUGUAAUAUAACGUAAUCCUCUUGAAAGUUUAAAAUGUACAAUGAGUGAAUGAAUGAUGAAGAAUAUUCUUAAGUGAUGAGGAAAAAAUCAUGAGUUAACACUACAAUGGCAUAUUGUAAAUGUCAUUUUAAACAUUUAGCCCUUGGUACAUGUUGCUGUCCCCCUGUCCAUUUUUUU